GGGCGUAGGAGCGAUGUGUKUCCCUGGUUGGGAGCCAGCGCGGGGCUGGAGGCGCCGCACCCGCUCCCCCCGGAGCAGCGCAGCUUUCCCUUGGGACGCGGGUGGGAUCGGCUGGCCUUUGGGAAACACCCCUGCUCUGGAGUCUGGGCUCGGGCUUGAUUUAAAAUUAAAGUGUAUUACUUCAUUACAAUGAUUUGAAGGGGGRAAACCCCCCGGAAUUUGUGUGUUCCGGCACGCUUCCUAAUCCUUUCAGCACUGGUCCUAAACGAUGCCUAAAAUCCACGCCGCAGGAYUGCGGCCUGCCCGGGGUGAUGGAGGCUCCGGGCGCUCUGUGGACACCUCUUCUGGCAUCUCCUCUGUGCCCGAGGCUGCUCCUUGUGCUGAUCCCUGCCGGGGACACSCCUGGCUCUGUCCCGAGUCCCCGCGCCCGCUCCUUGGAGGAGAAGAGGGAAUUAUUCCCUGCCUGAUUCCCACCGUGUGCCCGGGAAUGCCGCCGUCACAGAGACAGAAACUUCAGAAGCGGCCAAAACAAUCUCCUCGGCAUUUAUUACCACGUGCUAUUAUUUGUUUGCUCAUUGAUAGGCACAGACAAGGCAGAUGAUGACGUUAAUUAGUGAAAGUAAURCAUUAAAAAUCAGUGGUUGUAGAACACAGUCUAAAAACCUCUUAAGUAAGAAAUUAGUUUAUUUGUGGUUCACAUAGAUUUUGUGACUGAAUUGCCAAGUCAAAUUUAGUAACACGCUUGCUGAAAGCUGCUGCAGUGGUUUARAAAAUGAGGAGGUAAAAUUACUGCCUGUGCUGUUUCCUAAUCCCAAAUUCAUUAUGGUCUGGGACUGAGAUGGGCAGCUCUGGAUUGCAUUCCUGCUUCAGGCAGGUUGUUCAUUUCUAAACUUUGUCGCACAAAUCAGGCAGUCCAUUUUUCUAUCCAGUAACUGACAAAGUUAUGAGGGGCUAGUAAAUUUAGUUAGGAUAAACUGCACUUACUCAUUUUGUAAAAAUUCAUAUUUUAAAAAAUAUAUUGGCUUUUCUGUCUUAGAAGAAAGAUGGUUGUGUUUUAAGUGUUUUUAUUUCAUCAUGUACAAGACCGCUAGCACUGCAUGCUGUUUAAUGAUGCUUUUAAUAUUGUCCUUUAUCUUAACUGGAGAAAAUGAUGAAACUUUUGACCUYAGUGCUUCUCUGCUACUAUUCUGCUUUUCUAUUUUUUCUUGCUGCUAAUUGGAUUAAAAGCUCUCUUGGCUUCUAUGGCAUCCGGUGAGGAGAUUACUGUCUGUGAAGAUGAAGUAAGGUCUCGGUACAGCCACUUAGAGAAGAUGACAGAUUUGGUGGCUGUUUGGGAAGUAGCUUUAAGUGAUGGUGUUCAUAAGAUUGAAUUUGAACAUGGGACCACUUCAGGAAAGCGUGUUGUCUAUGUUGAUGGAAAGGAAGAAAUAAGAAGGGAAUGGAUGUUUAAAUUAGUGGGUAAAGAAACAUUCACUGUUGGAGCUACUAAAACUAAAGCUGCUAUUAACAUUGAUGCAGUCAGUGGCUUUGCAUAUGAAUAUACUUUGGAGAUCAAUGGAAAGAGUCUCAAGCARCAUAUAGAGAACAGGUUAAAAACAACCAAUACUUGGAUACUGAACUUGGGAGGUACAGACUAUAGAAUUGUUUUAGAAAAGGACACUAUGGAUGUGUGGUGCAACGGUGAGAAAAUGGAAACAGCGGGUGAAUUUGUGGAAGAUGGGACUGAAACUCAUUUUACUGUUGCUGAUCAUGGCUGUUGCAUUAAGGCUGUCAGUAGUGGGAAACGAAAGGAAGGAAUUAUUCAUACCCUUAUUGUGGACAACAGAGAAAUCCCAGAGGCUGUGGAAUAGCCUCUGGUUAACUGAUUAUGCUAGGACUAAGAUCAGGAAUUUUCAAUUACUGUGGUAAUUAUUUUAAUAUGUACUACUUGGUACAUCUAGUUUGUGCUGGGUUYAUUUUAUAGUUUCUGUAUAUGAAAUUAUUCUUUGAGGACCAGAUGAAAAUAAUUAUGUACAACCUMUUACAUUACCAGUUUUUAAACAAACUACAUAUCUAUAUUCAGAAUGUAUAGUAUAUCACUAUGUGUGGAAAACACUGGUGAACUUAAAUAGAAAUUAUACAUCAGGAAAAUAAUCAUGCUAUAAUAAAAUGUAAGAUAAAUAUUCAGUAACUGAAUCCUUAACUGCAGGUGUAUCUAGAGGGAGGAGAAAGCCUGUACUGGACACAGGUGGAAGAUAAAGCUUUCUCUGUAAUUAUUUUUUCUAUUAAAUUGACGACAAACCUUUUCAGACACAGUUAAGAGGAGUUACUAAGUUAAUWAAAAGGUCAAUAAUGAAAUACAUAGUUACCAAUGCCUAUGUUACAGCAUUAAAUUAAUACUGGRUUAUGAAAACUGUUCUUUAUUCCCAUCAGAAGCAAGAUGUUACAUUGUGCCAAAAAUAACWUUCCUUUAGGUGUUCUGAAAACUGAUGCUGGUUAGAAAUUGUUGCAGUAGUUCAGAAACUCUGUACUGAGUUUUUUCAAAAAAGAAAAAAAAAUCUUGCCAUGAAACCCCCUU